AGAGCACAGUGUGCCCACCUGGGCUGGGCGAGCUCCUGCUCCUCCUCCGUCUACUCGACGCCACCACCAGCGCUCGAUUCAGCAGCAGGACGAUGCUUCCUCGUUCGCUUUAAAAAUUCCCUCCGCUGCAUCACUGGCAGCUGUACGGCUGACCAGGGAUGGAUGGCAUGGUGUGUGCUCGAUCAGGAUCGCCCUGAUGUGUGAACGGGAAAGCUAUUCAAAUGCUCAACCACUGGGCAAGGCUUAAACUAAUGCGUGAGACGCUCACAUUGACAUUGGCACAGUCGUGUUGGUGCCGUCCUAUAAAUCCGGCCAUCGCCACCAAGGUUUUCCAAGCAGACAACAAGCAGCAGCAGCAGCACUGAUCGAGCUGGUAGCACACACAGCGACACAUCGCACCGAGGAAGGAACCAUCGCCGUCGCGUCAGGCGAAGCACCAAGAAACCGAAGCGAGCGAGGAGCCGGAGAGCGAGCGAGGCGGCAGCCAUGGUGAAGGCGGCGGCGGCGAGCAAUGACACCGCGUCGGCGGCGGCGAAGCACGGCGCGAAGAGAACGUACAAGGGCGUGCGGAUGCGGAGCUGGGGUUCGUGGGUGUCAGAGGUGCGGGCGCCGGGGCAGAAGACGCGGAUAUGGCUGGGGUCCCACUCCACCGCCGAGGCCGCGGCGCGGGCCUACGACGCCGCGCUGCUCUGCCUCAAGGGCUCCGCGGCGGCCGCGGACCUCAACUUCCCGCUCCGCCUCCCGUUCGACCUGCCCCCGGCCGCCAUGUCGCCCAAGGCAAUCCAGCGCGUCGCCGCCGCCGCAGCAGCAGCGGCCGGCGGCGCGGGCUUCGCGGCGUGCGCCGCCGACAAUGCCGACAGCGCGUGCAGCGGCACCACCGCCGCCACCCCGGCGUGGAGCAGCGGCUCGCCCAGCGAUGACGCCUCCGCGGUCAGCUCCCCGGAGUCCACGCUGAGCAGCGAGAGCGAGCUGCCGGCGCACCACUACGGCGACGCCGACGCGGACUACUACAGCUCGCUCGCGGACAUCGACGCCUUCUUCCAGUCGCCCAAGUGCAUGGAGUACGCCAUGAUGGACCCCUGCAGCGCCUUCUUCGCUCCGGCGCCGGCGGCGGCGGACGACGCCUGCUGGGAGGAGGAGGGCGACAUCGCGCUCUGGAGCUUCUCCGCUCUCGGGUGCUGAAGCGGCCGGCAUCAGAGAAACGGGAGCGACAAUUCAGUUACUGACUAAUCGCCGAUCAGGUGACCAAAACGCCGGUCACCGUUGGCACGAAAAAGUAUAGUUAAAUUCCAUAUAUAUUUGAUAAUUCAAAUUCAAUGUAAACAAUUGUAAUAAGCUAAUUAUAGUAACCAUGCGUUGUAGGGGGGAGCUCUCAUGGAGCUCCAUGUUUUAAGGUAGCUUCCAGGGAGUUAACCUCCCUACUAUCGUCGCUUGUUAUCAGUAAAGGACAUGAGUUACCAGGGGUGGAGCCAGAAAACAACAAGGAUGAGGGGAGCUACAUAGCAGAAAAUGUACUAUCAGAUUCUUUUUCUAUUUUUAAAGUUUUCCUCGAUUUAUUUGGUGAAAACAAAUUUUUUG